GUAGCAAUGGAAACGUGUCACGUACAAGCUCUACACGUGUCCCAUUUCGUCCCUCUUCAACCGUUUGUUGCACUUGCACACACUCAAACACACACAGCUGAAAAAAUGGGGCACAAUCUGGAAACUAGAUCGUUUGUCGAUGAGGUCAGGAACUUCGAUAAAACCACCGGAACUCACUUCGAUUUAGGCCAUCCUCUUCUUAACAGGAUCGCCGGCACCUUCGUUACGGCCGCCGGUAUUGGAGCAGUUCAGGCGGUUUCACGUGAGGCGUGUUUCAUUGCUCUUGAAAAUGCAAGUGGAGACAGGACAAAUAUCACUGCUUCGAAGAGGCAAAAUCCUUUUCGCCAUCUUAGGGGGGAAACCGGCAGUGGUUCUAUUGAAGGCUUGGUGAAGGUCACAGGGAAAGAAUCUAUACAAUGGGGUUUGGCUGCUGGGAUGUAUUCUGGUCUUACCUAUGGUUUAAAAGAAGCUCGAGGAGUUCACGACUGGAAAAACAGUGCGGUGGCGGGAGCAAUGACUGGUGCGGCUUUGGCAUUAACGGCAGAUGAUUCUUCUAGUGAUCAGAUUGUGCAGUUUGCCAUCACGGGUGCCGCCAUCUCUGCAGCGGCAAAUCUUCUCACUGGGAUAUUCUAGUAGGCUGUUUGUCCUUUCGAUUUGGAUUGUGUGUGUAUGUACUUUUAUGUAUGAUUUAAGAUGUUUUCUUGUCUGAUGGGUGGGUGUUUUUGUGCUUGGAAACUUACUUUUGAAAGGUUAAUUACAUAUAGGGGUCUGCCAUACCUAUACCA